CCAGCUCUAUGGCUCCCCUCCCCGGAACGAACCAAGCGGGCGGUGGCGCGGGGGGGUGGCGAGCCGCGGAGCGGGGGCUGGAAUUCCGUUCCCGUGGCUGCACCGCCGUUCGGACCGACAUCGAUGAGCGGAAGAUUCACGAAGAGAUGGGACCCAUCAUCGUGCCCCCCCCGCGGUCGCUCCUGCCAUGAACUGCCGCGCAGAGGUGCUGGAGGUGUCGGUGGAGGGUCGGCAGGUGGAGGAGGCCAUGCUGGCCGUGCUCCACACCAUCCUGCUGCACCGUAGCACCGGCAAGUUCCACUACAAGAAGGAGGGCACCUACUCCAUCGGCACCGUGGGCACCCAGGACGUGGACUGCGACUUCAUCGACUUCGCCUACGUCCGCGUCUCCUCCGAGGAGCUGGAUCGGGCCCUUCGCAAGGCUGUCGGGGAGUUCAAGGACGCGCUGCGCAACUCGGGCAGCGACGGGAUGGGGCAGAUCUCCCUGGAGUUCUACCAGAAGAAGAAGUCCCGCUGGCCCUUCUCGGAUGAGUGCAUCCCCUGGGAGCUGUGGACCAUCAAGGUGAACGUGGUGAACCUGGCUAACGAGCAGGAGCGGCAGAUCUGCCGGGAGAAGGUGGGUGAGAAGCUCUGCGAGAAGAUCAUCAACAUCGUGGAGGUGAUGAACCGCCACGAGUACCUGCCCAAGAUGCCCACCCAGUCGGAGGUGGACAACGUCUUCGACACCAGCCUGAAGGACGUGCAGCCCUACCUGUACAAGAUCUCCUACCAGAUCACGGACUCCCUGGGCACCUCAGUCACCACCACCAUGCGCCGGCUCAUUAAGGACACUCUGGCUCUGUAGGGCCAGGUGCCAUCGAGGCGGGUUCACCCUGGGUGGUGGCACCUCUCUGGCACAGCAUCCUGGCUCUUUUGGGACAGUGUCUUGGCGUGGUUCUCUCCUCUCUGCCUCCAAAAAGCUUCUGUGGGGAGCUGGACUUGGCCUGGCCUUUAAUUGAGGGUUGCUGCUGGUUUGGUUUGCGCUGCGGGCGCUGGCCUGGCUCGGAGAACCGGCCGGGUGGCUCCCAGGUUGGCAGAGGGGUUGUGAGUCCUCGGGGAGGGAGAGAGCUGCGGGGCUGGUGGCCCAGCACGGUGACGCUGGGGUCAGCACGGAGGGGACGUGGCAUCCGAACCCGCUCUCCAGCUCUGCGUGGCACGGCCAGCACCAGCCUUGUCUCUUGUCACCGUGUGUCCCCCCUGUCUCUGGGACUGAGCUGCUUCCCUUGGGGGGCCUGGAGCAGAGCUCCCUGCCCCCUCUGGGGCAAAAAUAAAGUGUUCCUGCGUUCAGGUGGA